CUUCCUCUCCAGGAUCCUGCUGGGAUUUUUGAGCUGGUGGAAGUGGUUGGAAAUGGCACCUAUGGACAAGUCUAUAAGGGUCGACAUGUUAAAACCGGUCAGCUGGCGGCCAUCAAAGUUAUGGAUGUUACUGAGGAUGAAGAGGAAGAAAUCAAACUGGAGAUCAACAUGCUGAAGAGAUACUCACAUCAUAGAAAUAUUGCAACAUAUUACGGUGCUUUCAUUAAAAAGAGCCCUCCAGGACAUGAUGACCAGCUCUGGCUUGUCAUGGAAUUCUGCGGGGCUGGGUCCAUUACAGACCUCGUAAAGAACACCAAAGGGAACACACUCAAAGAAGACUGGAUCGCUUACAUCUCCAGAGAAAUCCUGAGGGGUCUGGCACAUCUUCACAUUCAUCAUGUGAUUCACCGGGACAUCAAGGGCCAGAAUGUCCUGCUGACCGAGAACGCAGAGGUGAAACUAGUUGAUUUUGGGGUGAGCGCUCAGCUGGACAGGACGGUGGGGAGGAGAAAUACGUUCAUAGGCACCCCAUACUGGAUGGCUCCCGAGGUCAUUGCCUGUGACGAGAACCCAGAUGCCACCUACGAUUACAGAAGUGACCUUUGGUCUUGUGGCAUUACCGCCAUUGAGAUGGCAGAGGGUGCUCCCCCUCUCUGUGACAUGCAUCCGAUGAGAGCACUGUUCCUCAUUCCCAGAAACCCUCCUCCCCGGCUGAAGUCAAAAAAAUGGUCAAAGAAAUUUUUUAGUUUUAUAGAAGGGUGCCUGGUGAAGAACUACAUGCAGCGGCCCUCCACAGAGCAGCUUUUGAAACAUCCUUUUAUAAGGGAUCAGCCAAAUGAAAGGCAAGUUAGAAUCCAGCUUAAGGACCAUAUAGACCGGACCAGAAAGAAGAGAGGAGAGAAAGAUGAAACAGAGUAUGAGUACAGUGGAAGUGAGGAAGAAGAGGAGGAAGUGCCUGAACAGGAAGGAGAGCCAAGUUCCAUCGUUAACGUGCCUGGUGAGUCUACUCUUCGACGGGAUUUCCUGAGACUGCAGCAGGAGAACAAGGAACGUUCUGAGGCUCUCCGGAGACAACAGCUCCUGCAGGAGCAACAGCUCCGUGAGCAGGAAGAAUAUAAAAGGCAGCUGUUAGCAGAGAGACAGAAACGGAUUGAGCAGCAGAAGGAACAGAGGCGGCGGCUAGAAGAGCAACAAAGGAGAGAGCGUGAAGCUAGAAGGCAGCAGGAACGUGAACAGCGAAAGAGAGAACAAGAAGAGAAGAGGCGCCUGGAGGAUUUGGAGAGAAGACGGGCAGACGAAGAAAAGAGGAGAGUCGAAAGAGAACAGGAGUAUAUCAGGCGACAGCUGGAAGAGGAGCAGCGGCACCUGGAAAUGCUUCAGCAGCAGCUGCUCCAGGAGCAGGCCAUGUUACUGGAGUUUCGAUGGCGGGAGAUGGAGGAGCACCAGCAGGCCGAGAGGCUCCAGAGACAGUUGCAACAAGAACAAGCAUAUCUCCUGUCUCUACAGCAUGACCACAGGAGGCCGCUCCCGCAGCCGCACCCACACCCGCAGCCGCAGCCGCCACAGCCGCCGCAGGAGAGAAGCAAGCCCAGUUAUCACGCUCCAGAGCCCAAGCCCCAUUAUGAGCCUGCUGACAGAGCUCGAGAGGUGGAAGAUAGAUUUAGGAAAACUAACCAGAGCUCCCCUGAAGCCCAGUCUAAGCAGACAGGCAGAGUUUUGGAGCCUCCCGUGCCUUCCAGAUCAGAGUCUUUUUCCAAUGGCAACUCCGAGUCUGUCCAUCCCGCCCUGCAGAGACCAGCGGAGCCACAGGUUCCUGUGAGAACGACAUCUCGCUCCCCGGUUCUGUCCCGUCGAGAUUCUCCACUGCAGGGCAGUGGACAGCAAAACAGCCAAGCAGGUCAACGAAACUCCACAAGCAGUAUUGAGCCCAGGCUGCUGUGGGAGAGAGUGGAGAAACUGGUGCCCAGGCCCGGCAGUGGCAGCUCCUCGGGGUCCAGCAACUCAGGAUCCCAGCCCGGGUCCCACCCUGGGUCUCAGAGCGGCUCCGGGGAGCGCUUCAGAGUGAGAUCAUCGUCCAAAUCUGAAGGCUCUCCGUCUCAACGCCUGGAAAACGCAGCGAAAAAACCCGAAGAUAAAAAGGAAGUCUUUAGACCUCUCAAACCCGCUGGUGAAGUGGAUCUGACGGCACUGGCCAAGGAGCUUCGAGCAGUGGAAGAUGUGCGGCCACCUCACAAAGUGACCGACUACUCCUCAUCCAGCGAGGAGUCGGGGACGACAGAUGAAGAAGAUGAUGACGUGGAGCAGGAAGGCGCCGAUGAUUCCACCUCAGGACCAGAGGACACCAGAGCAGCGUCAUCUCUGAAUUUGAGCAAUGGUGAAACGGAAUCAGUGAAAACCAUGAUCGUCCAUGACGACGUAGAAAGCGAACCUGCCAUGACCCCGUCCAAGGAGGGCACCCUCAUUGUCCGCCAGAGUACAGUUGACCAAAAGCGUGCCAGCCAUCAUGAGAGCAAUGGCUUUGUGGGUCGCAUUCACCUCUUGCCAGAUCUCUUACAGCAAAGCCAUUCCUCCUCCACCUCCUCCACCUCCUCCUCCCCAUCCUCCAGCCAGCCGACACCCACCAUGUCCCCACAGACACCCCAGGACAAGCUCACUACUAAUGAGACUCAGUCCGCUAGUAGCACACUCCAGAAACACAAAUCUUCCUCCUCCUUUACACCUUUUAUAGACCCCCGAUUACUACAGAUUUCUCCAUCUAGUGGGACAACAGUGACUUCCGUGGUGGGAUUUUCCUGUGAUGGAAUGAGACCGGAAGCCAUAAGGCAAGAUCCUACCCGGAAGGGCUCAGUGGUCAAUGUGAAUCCCACCAACACUAGGCCACAGAGUGACACCCCUGAGAUUCGUAAAUACAAGAAGAGAUUUAACUCUGAGAUUCUCUGUGCUGCCUUAUGGGGAGUGAAUUUGUUGGUGGGUACAGAGAGUGGCCUGAUGCUGCUGGACAGAAGUGGCCAAGGAAAGGUAUACCCUCUCAUCAACCGAAGACGGUUUCAACAAAUGGAUGUGCUUGAAGGCUUGAACGUCUUGGUGACAAUAUCUGGCAAAAAGGAUAAGUUACGGGUCUACUAUUUGUCCUGGUUAAGAAAUAAAAUACUUCACAAUGAUCCAGAAGUUGAGAAGAAGCAGGGAUGGACAACUGUAGGCGAUUUGGAAGGAUGUGUACACUAUAAAGUUGUAAAAUAUGAAAGAAUCAAAUUUCUUGUAAUUGCUCUGAAGAGUUCUGUGGAAGUCUAUGCGUGGGCACCCAAGCCAUACCACAAAUUUAUGGCCUUUAAGUCGUUUGGAGAAUUGUUACAUAAGCCAUUACUGGUGGAUCUCACCGUUGAGGAAGGCCAGAGGUUGAAAGUAAUCUAUGGAUCCUGUGCUGGAUUCCAUGCUGUUGAUGUGGAUUCAGGAUCAGUCUAUGACAUUUAUCUACCAACACACAUCCAAUGUAGUAUCAAACCCCAUGCAAUCAUCAUCCUCCCUAACACAGACGGAAUGGAGCUUCUGGUGUGUUAUGAAGAUGAAGGGGUUUACGUGAAUACAUAUGGCAGGAUCACCAAGGAUGUGGUUCUGCAGUGGGGAGAGAUGCCAACUUCUGUAGCAUAUAUUCGAUCCAAUCAGACUAUGGGCUGGGGAGAGAAGGCCAUAGAGAUCCGAUCUGUGGAAACUGGUCACUUGGAUGGCGUGUUUAUGCACAAAAGGGCUCAAAGACUAAAAUUCUUAUGUGAACGUAACGACAAGGUGUUCUUUGCUUCUGUCCGGUCUGGUGGCAGCAGUCAGGUUUACUUCAUGACGUUAGGCAGGACUUCUCUUCUGAGCUGGUAGAAGCCACAUGGUCAGAGGAGUGCUGGCCUCCGGAGUCCUUCAAGAUCCUGAGAACUUGGAAUUCCUUGCAACUGGAGCUCAGCCCUGCACUGGUGCAGCCCGGACAGCCGUGUGCACACCUCCCGUGUGGGGUCCUUUCUCUCCUUUCCUUUCUGCUCCUCUCUUCCCAGUUGAUCACCCCCUUCUCCUCUUUUCCUUCCUCAAAAACAAAUCAAGUCUGCAAUGCAGCUGGUGCUGUUCCGAUUCUACCAUCAGGUGCUAUGAGUGUUCGGGAUCCAGCAUCAGCCUAGAGAGCAAACACCUUCCCUUCAGCUCCAGAAUUCCUUGUCUCUGAAUGACUCUGUCUGUGGGUGUCUGAAGGUGGAGACUAUGAACAUGCUGUUGGUUUUCUUGGAAGUGGGCACAAGGAGGUGAAGAGUGGUGGCAUCAAAAGCAGUUUGCCGACGCAGAGACCAGAUUUAAUAUAGUAACAUUAACAAUGUAUUUAAUUGACAUUUCUUUUUUGUAAUGUGACGAUAUGUGGACAAAGAAGGUGCAGGUUUAAGAAGUUAAUAUUUAUAAAAUGUGAAAGACACAGUUACUAGGAUAACUUUUUUUGUGGGUGGGACUUGGGAGGCGGGGCGGGUGGGUUAAGGGGUCCCAUUUUGUUUCUUGGAUUUUUUUUUUUUUUUUUUGGCCUGGCCAAGAAGUCGGUCAUUCUCUGUGUACCAGGUUUUGCCUAAAUCAUGUGCAGAUGGUUCUUUAAAAAAAGAGAGAGAAAAGAAGAUGUGUGCGUUUUGUUUAACAGCCAGAACUUCAUUGUGCCACAGUAUUAGCACUGCCUCAGUUAGGGUUUAAUUUUUGUUUAAACCUGGAAGUGCAACAAUUGUUCUGUUUUACCACAGUCUGCACUUGCGGGAGGAAAAAAAAAAAAAAAAAUUUCCAAACCACAUGUUUAUUUUUUUGCCUACCUCAUUGUUUUCAAUGCAUUAAGAGGUGGUUUAGUUUCUAUGUUUUUGGAGGAAAACAUUAAUGUUUAAUUUAAUCUUAAUACCAAAACUGUCAGAUUGAAGUUUGCCUGUUGAUUUGUCACAAGUCUCAGCAGGCCCGAGGAAAAUUGUCCAUGAAAAUGGGGAAAUAGCCUUAUGGCUUUCUGAUGCUGACUAAUGCAAUCUACUUUCUGAGCUUGGAAAGCAGGCGCUUCAUUUUUACCAGAUUCGCCAUUAGCGGUUGGUGGGCCGUGGUAGCCUACAGCACAGAAAUCUCCUCGUCCUCCAUUCGGGGUUUGGUAGCAGACAGACGGUCACAUUAGAAUAGUCACACAAACUGUUCAGUGUUGUAGGAACUUUUUCCUAGGGGUGGGGGUAGUUCCCUUUUCUAAAAAUGCAAUGCACUAAAACUAUUUUAAGAAUGUAGUUAAAAUACUGCUUAUUCAUAAAACGGCAUCUUCCUGUGUUUUAGGUAUAAAAGCCAAGCCCUGGCUUUUCUCUUUCUCUCACUUGCGCUCCUGUUCGCUGUUUUUUAAACCAAUUUUACUUUAUGAAAAUGUCCAUGACAUUUGUAAUAAAUGUCUUGAGUAAUAAUUUGUUUAGUGGCUUCGUGAUCAUUAACUCCUUUGAGUAUAUUAAUCUCUAGAUAGUGUCGUGAUUCCGCCAUCUUGCUUUUUGUCUUAUCUUGAGUCUUGAGUUGGGAGUAUUGUGUGACGGUUGCUCUAAACUAUUCAUUCCCUAAACAGAAGCUUGGCGUCUCAUAGGCUUCAUCUUCCUCCUUUGUGGUUAAUUUUCUUUUAUGACAUGAAAUUGGGGGUUUUUCCUUUCCCUCGCACCAAAAUGUAGCAAUCAUUUACACCUAUCUGCCAAGUCUGUGCCCAGCUUUCUUGGCCCGUUCGGCAUCCAUUCCAGCUGCUGUCAUUCCAUUCUUCUCGUUCAGCAUUUUUGCCAAAGGCUCUCCUGUGAGCUGCAAAUCUCUGGUAAAAAACUAUGCACGCUCACUGUGCUCACUUCAGCAGCAUACAGACUGAAAAUACACGCACUCACAAACGCAAGCACAACAAUCAUUGCUACACACCUACAAAGACCAGAGAAAGCUUUACUUUCUUUUGGAGAGACAAGGAGAGGGAAAUAGUUUGUUUUUCCAUUUGUAUGACUUUGGGAGUAGUACUAAUGGCCAAAGCAGAAAGAACUGGUUCUCUUCUACUAAUUUAUAUUCAUAUAGAGACAGUUAAACAGUUAAUCCCACCUUUGGAAGGACUUGAAAUAGGCCAGAUUCCAUUCCCAUAGGACUGGUCAAAAGCAAAUUCCUGCUGAUGGGUUCCUGUAAGUGCGUGUUUGCUCUGGUAAGAUGAUGUGUGUCCCAGGGAAACCGGGUGUGUGUACAAAAAGGAAGAAGAACCGGGUGGCAUGGUUAAUUGUGGCCCCCUCCCAUGGCAUUAGAAGUAAAAGGAGAGGAGGUGUCUUUGAAGAAAUACUAAAUUUCUGGUGCCGAUAAUGGAAAAAAAGGGGGGGAUACGGCAGUGUGGCAUCUUUUUCUUACAUGAUCCACAGACCUGCCCUUCAAUGUGUGUAAAUCAAGUGGUGGUGUACAAAUAAUGCAAAUGGCAUUUCACUGGAAUUACUGAGUAUUUGGAACCUGACGAAAACUAGAUUUCCCUUACAAGGUCAUGGCAAUGGGGUUUGACCUCAAGUAAGAACUGUACCUGUCAUACAUUUCCCAGUGCCAGGCACCCACUUGGCACUGCCUUGGUGUUUGAGUUGAACUUAAUUGCUGGGCUUAACUUACUGAAGCCAGACAGCCAUUCGUUGGUCCUCGUAGGACUGGGUUCCUGGGGAUGCUUCACUUGGCUGGUGUGGUCCUCACUUCUUAGAUCACUGCCUGGUAAACCAGAUUGUCACUGUAGCUUGAUGCAGGCAUCCCAUGAGGUUUCUCCGUGAAAGAUUGUGAACUGUUGACAUUUCAGAUUCUUUUAGAGAAGGAAUGCCUUUUUUUCCCUUCUGCAGGGUAGUGACUUUUCCACAGAAGUGCCAAGAUGGCAAAAUGACAAAAGAAAACAGUAUUAUGGCAAUACUAUGUUACGAAUGGAACAUUGAACUCUUAUUGAAGCAGUGCCCCUCAAAACAGGGCAAAACAAAAACACAAAUAGGUCUCUAGGCUUAGUGAAAGCUUUAAUCAAUAAUAACCUUUGUGUAUUUAAAUCAGAGUAACUCUCUAUUGAGUGAGGUGUUCUUACUUUUUUUUUCUCAUGCACAUGCUAUGUUGGAGAAAAUGUUUACAAAAAUGGUUUUGUUACACUAAAGUGCAUCACAUAUUUAUGGUUUAUUUUUAAGCGAUUUUUUUAUGGGUUAUUUAGGUUUUCAUCUUAGUUAUAGUACAUUUUUGGUGAUUCCUAAUUCCUAAUUCUGCCAACUCUAAAUUGGCUAAAUAGUAAUACAAAUGACAAACUGCAUUAAAUUUA